GCGGUUACUCCCCGCAGAAGCAAGACCAAUAUUCGCAAUACUUGAAGAAGUUGCGCCAAGACUUUAUUGAAAUCUGGAACGAGAAAUCUGAAAGUAACGCCAAGCUGCAAGACUUCGAGCGUAUGAGAGUUCUGGGGACCGGCGCCUUCGGCAUCGUGUACCUUGUGAAACAUGCUGACACCGGGAAAUAUUACGCAAUGAAGAUGCUGGAGAAGGAAAAGAUUGUCAAACUGAAGCAAAUUGAACACAGUUACUAUGAAAAGAAAAUCCUCUGUGGUCUCAAUUUCCCCUUUGUUGUGUACAUGAAAUAUUUUUUUAAAGACAAUGUUUACUUGUACUACGUAUUACCAUUCAUCGUAGGGGGUGAAAUGUUCUCUCACUUGCGCAAAAUGGGAAAGUUCGAAGAAAGCUCUGCCAAAUUCUAUGGAGCACAAGUUAUUUUAGCACUAGAAUAUCUGCAUGCUUGUGAAUUAGUAUACCGAGACUUGAAGCCAGAGAAUAUUCUUAUAGAUAGAACUGGUUAUAUAAAAAUAACUGACUUUGGAUUCUGCAAACUAAUUCGGGGUAGAACUUGGACUUUGUGCGGCACCCCGGAGUAUCUAGCCCCUGAGAUCAUACUCAGCAAAGGUUACGGAAUGUCAGUUGACUGGUGGUCUAUGGGUGUGCUGCUUUUUGAAAUGAGCGCUGGUCAUCCUCCAUUUUUUGCCUCAGAUCCGAUGAGAAUUUACGAAAAAAUUGUGGCCGGAAAAUACAGGUGCCCUGGACACUUUUCCAAUGAACUUAAGGACUUGGUCGGUCAUAUUUUGCAAGUAGACGUGACGAGACGGUAUGGAAACCUUAAAGAUGGAAUUUUGGACUUUAAAAAUCACAAGUGGUUUAAAGAGAUCGACUGGGAUAGUCUUCUGAACAGUCGAGUACAUCCGCCUUUCACCCCCAAAGUACGCUCUGCCGGAGACACGGCCAACUUUGACGUGUUUGACGACGAAAAAGUUAAAGAAAGCCCGGUCUGCUUGUAUGAAGAAGAAUUCACAGAUUUUUAA